CUCGGUAGACCUAUGGGGAAGAGAAAGGAGUGAGAGAGCCUAUAGCAGGAAGCAAUUAAGGAAAACUCAACACACACGGGAUAUUGACAAUGACAGACAACUGAAAAUGACAAUGUCAGCCAACAACUGAAAAUGACAGUGGCAGUCCAUGAAUGAAGAUGAAACUGAGUGAAAAUGAGUAAUCGAAAAUGAAUGAGCAAAUGUGAGUGAUAAAAAAUAGUAAUAUAGAAAAUGAGAGUGAAAAUGAGUGAGAGUGGUGCGAGGGCAGACUAGGGUAUUAGUGCGUUAUCUGGGAUCAACGCCUUUUAUAAAUCACUCACUGGGCUCCACUACCCUCAGUUAGGGCGAGACCCGCGGGCCUACAGCACUAACACUCUCACUCACCGCUAACACUUCUUAAACUUGGUGAAGCAAGUUGGGUGUCGUGAAGCAAGCUCCUGACACAAGCAACUGAAUAAUGGGAGCCCUUGGAGGAGCCCAAGAGAGAAGAGCGCCGCAAACAGCAGCAGCAGCACCAGCAGCAGCACCAGCAGCUGCAGCAGCACCAGCACCGGCACCAGCAGCAGCAUGUAGAAGUAUUGGACGUGGCAGUGCUCGCCUGGCGGUGCUGUCGGCACUGCUGCAGGCGGUAGUGCUGAUAAGGGUGACGACGCAGGCGACGGCCCAAAUAACAGAAGGGAUUGAAGCCCUCCAAGACUUGAUCAGCACCGACCCUCAGCUGCUGUGCCUCUACGUCACCUGUCAAGAGCCCGUCUUGGCCUCUGACUGUCCAGAAGGCACUCUCUAUAUGGAGGGCGUCGCCCAGUUCGGCUGCUGCGGAGCCUGCGUCAGAUUCAGAGAGAAAGGCGAACCAUGCACGGGUGCCAUCGACGACAAAUCAGUUGGUGACGUGCCCAUCAUGGUCGGGAUUAGCUCAGCAAGGGAAGACAACGUGGUGGAGUCCUCCUGGUGCAACCAUACAUAUUUCUGCACCUCUCAGCACAAGUGUCAGCCUAACUCGCAAGAUAAAGGCUGCCUCUUAACCCAGCAAAAGUACGACGACGCCAUAAACAGUGAUGCCUACCUUCCUUACCGUGACGACUACCGCUGGAGGCCCGAUUGUACCCCCCAGAAUGAGUACGAAGCCAAGCAAUGCAAGGGACCCAGAGGGGAGCAGGAUAAAAGGUGUGUGUGUGUUGAUCCAGAGGGCAACAGAAUCUACGGAGAAGCCUUCCCAGAGCAGAAACAACUUUAUAACUCCAUGAACUGUAAGUGUUCCCGGCGAGUGUGGGAGCUACAGCAGGCAGGGAAGACUACCAUAACCCUUCACUGUCUGGAGAAUGGUAACUACGAGCCCCUGCAGUGUGAGGACGGCUGGUGUUACUGCAUAGACCCGGUCACCGCUAUUCCCUACGGCAAUAAUCUACCCGAAGCUGCCAAGCACUUUCUUCACUGCUAUAAUAGCACAGUGACGGGAGAGCAAUACCUGCGGCGGUGUGAGAGUGAGUACGUAGCUUACGUCAAACUGUCGGAGCAUAUGGCCUUGAAGGGUGUGCGAGGACCCUACAAGCUCCUGGUCUGCGACCCCGACGGGUCCUACAGCGCCAGGCAAUGCGACAUCAGCUCGUGUAAGUGCUACGACAAGUAUAUGGACCAACCGGCUCUCACCGGGUCCAAUUCUCCAGGCUGCCAGUGCGCACGGCACACGCAGCUGUACCAAGAUGCAGGCGUCAUAGUACAGCUCCAGUGCCAGUUGAACAAUGGGAACUAUACUGUUCAUCAAAAGCAAGGAAAUAGCGGGCUCCAACAGGCAGGAACAGUGUUCUGUGUCGACGAUGAUGGAGUUCGCGCUGGCCCUCUGGUCUACGAAACCUGGGAAGAGAACCUACUGUGUAACACUGCCGCAAGCUGUCAAACCAAUGGAGUUGGUUGCGAAUCGGCAUGCUCCAAUUGCGAUACUACUGCCUAUGCAAAUUACGUAGAGUGACCAACUGCCUGACUUCACAUACCAGCAGUGACUAUGAUAAUCUACCUACCAGCAGUGACCAUAAUAAUCUACCUACCAGCAGUGACAAUAAUAAUCUACCUACCAGCAGUGACUAUGAUAAUCUACCUACCAGCAGUGACAAUAAUAAUCUACCUACCAGCAGUGACCAUAAUAAUCUACCUACCAGCAGUGACUAUGAUAAUCUACCUACCAGCAGUGACUAUGAUAAUCUACCUACCAGCAGUGACUAUGAUAAUCUACCUACCAGCAGUGACUAUGAUAAUCUACCUACCAGCAGUGACAAUAAUAAUCUACCUACCAGCAGUGACCAUAAUAAUCUACCUACCAGCAGUGACCAUAAUAAUCUACCUACCAGCAGUGACAAUAAUAAUCUACCUACCAGCAGUGACCAUAAUAAUCUACCUCCCAACAGUGACCAUCCUAUUUCAAGUGUGAACGUGUUCUCUAUAUCACAGGCACUAGGCUACAGAAACUUUAAACAGUGACUGAUCUCUCCUAGGCUAAGAGCGAAUUUGGACCGACCUUCCCCAAGUGUAAACUGUGACCAGUCUACCCCAAAUGUUAACACUGAUCAAGCUACCCCAAGAGUAGGCAGUGAUGAGUUUACCCCCAAGUGUUAACAGUGGUCUACCCCAAUGGUAAACAGGUAUCAGUCUACCCCAGCUGUGAAAAAUGACGAGCUGCUGGCUGGCGAAAUUGACAUACUGUCCCCGUUUUCUGUUUUGGGUCCUCUGGUAGGUUAGGAUAAGGGCACUAACCAAGUACAGGACGCAAUCAAGUAUGAGCCACUAUCAGGCAUGAAUAGAAAAAUAUCCAAAAGAAAAUUAAUAAAAGUCACAAUGCUGUUGUGUUUAAUGACAUGUAUAUAUAUAUAUAAUAUAUAAUCAUAUCGCUAAUUUAAUUACUUAGUUAAUAUCGCUAAUGGAAACUCUUUAACUGCAUAUAAUACAUUAUCAUUACUGCAAUCUUACAAAUAUAUUUAAUGUUAGGUAACGCCAAACGGAAAUAUUUGUAAUAAUAUUGUAUACACUAAGCAAUAUUAAAUCUAACAAUCUAAACAAUAUUAAAUUCUGUAGAUGCUAUAAUAACAUAGCAUCCACAGAAUAAUAUUGAAUG